AACCCCUCCAACGGUCAUCUCUCUGUCUCUCUCUGGUUUUUAUCCUGUGAGGCCUUGCCGAUCUUUGUCAAUCUGUUCAUUGUUUUUCUCCUCUCCCCAAUCCAUUCAUGGCUGACAUCGAAAGAGCUCUGCCGAGUCCCCACAUGGGAAAGGAGCUCAACAUCCCCCCGGUUCAAGAGACUCAACAGCAAGAUACGUCUCCGGCAGAGAAAACGCCGGUACUACUGCCGCCGGCCGACGCUGAUCAGAGGCCGCCGCUUACAGCCGACAAUGCUCAGAAGAAUAGCUCGCCUGAUCCCGUUGACGUUCCUAAGCGCAAAGCAUUCAAAUAUCUGGACAGGUACAGGAGUCCAACAGACCUUAUGAUGUCUCCUGUUUCUAGAGGCUUGCUCGCAAGGAACAGGAAGACAGCUGCUCUGCCAAUGCAUGAGAUAAAUCAGCAGCAGAAGAAGGUUCUGGAAUCAAAGUCUCAAGACGCUGGUUUCUUUCCAGCCUGAUUUCCGGCGAAAACUUUUGAAGGCAAGAAGCGAACACGACGGAGCGCCAUGAAGCUUUCGAUAUAUUGCUUAGUUAACUAGACGAACUGGGAAAGAAUGCAGUUUAGUCAAAUUGUCCUUCUGUUACUAUAUUAUCAACAGUAAACAGUUCAUUUGCUUUUGAGAUUUAAUAAAAGAUGCGCUGCUUACAUCUUUACUUUCA